CGCACACCGGAAGUGACUUGAGUAGUGGACAUAGCUCGUCUGUUAGCUAGCAGCAUGAGUGCAAUCAUGUUGUCUUUCUCAGCAAGAGCGGAACUCCGCUCCUGGACAGGCCUUUUCCUCCUUCUGCUGAUAUUUUCAGCGUCGCUGCCGGUGUCGGCCAAGCCUGACAGUCUUAAAGAAGUGACGGACGGGGACUGGGAGAAGAUAAUGACAGGAGAAUGGAUGAUUGAGUUCUACGCGCCUUGGUGUCCUGCAUGCCAGCAGCUGCAGCCGGUGUGGAAAGAGUUUGCGAACUGGGGGGAUGACAUGGGAAUCAACGUAGCCAAAGUGGACGUGACAGAGCAACCUGGUCUGAGCGGGCGAUUCAUCAUAACCUCACUUCCUACAAUAUAUCACUGCAAGGAUGGCGUCUUCCGCAAGUACCAGGGAGCUCGUACUAAAGAUGAUCUCCUCAGCUUUGUUGAUGAACAGAAAUGGAAAUCCAUGGAGCCUGUUUCUUCAUGGUUUGGGCCAUCUUCAUUUUUGAUGAACUCGAUGUCAGCUUUGUUCAAGCUCUCCAUGUUCAUCCGACGUUGCCAUAACUACAUGACAGAGCAACUGGGGAUUCCUGUUUGGGGGUCAUAUGUCAUCUUUGGCCUGGUCACCUUGUUUGCCGGCCUAACGUUGGGUCUGUUACUGGUGUUCAUUGCAGAUUACGUCUUUCCCUCCCGACGAUUUUCUUCACAUGAUUACUACCAGAAGAAACAGGCAAUGGAGCAGGCAAGGCUGAUCCAAAAUCAAGAUGAGGACCAGGAGGCCGAUGGUGAAGAGGAUGACGAAGAUGAUGAGGAUGAAGACCAGGAUGGGGUCUGGAGAAAACGAAGAGGGUCUCCCGAGGGUCGGCCAGAACCUAAAGGCCAAGGUUACCCUGAUGAAGCACUGAGGAAGAGAGUGGUGGGCAACCGUGAGGAAGAUGAGGAGGACAGUUAAAGAGUCAGCGUUGAGAUUCCCGUGGCUUAUUUCUGCGUUUGAUAAGAGCACAGUGGAGUCAGCUGAGGGGAACUGUGGUCCUGAGCAGCAGUAUUAAGAAGAAGGGGUCCUAAAUCUUCCUUCUGACACCACCCCCAACCCAAGAAACAUUCUACCUUACCCCCUCGUUUAAAACAAGUACACUUUAGACUUCUACCUCCGCUCUCUCCACCUGAGCAGCAGGCUCCAACUGGAACGACAAAAAACUUUCCUCACACGUGUUUUCACAGGUGAAAACAAGCCACCAUGCCUGAGGUGUAGGUAUGAAGUGCAGGACAGCGAAAUGCUGAAAUGCUGUUUACGCUAUGCACUGUUUUUCACUGAAUUAUAACAAGCUUCAGUGAAUUUUACUCUCCAGGUGUAUACAAGUAGGUCAUUUUAUUCUGCACAUAAAACCUGACACAUCAUUACGCAUUCAGUUACUAGGUUAGUUUAAUCCUUACUAAUUUCAACUCUAUUUUGCUUGAUUUCACACGUUCACACUCACAUUAUUCACACAUGUAUGUUUAAAAUGCCGACAUUUCAAAUGGGAAACGGUUGUAAGGUUGGUUUGAUGCUUCCCAGGUUAAGGUCAGUUAAAGUAAACCUCGGGAUUGUUGAGGGGAGCGACUUCAUGGGUGCCGAACGUCUUAAAAGUAAACUUAAUUUGAUAUGAUAAUGAUAUGCAGCAUUGACCAAAGACAUUCAAAUGAAAGGUUUCUUUAAGUGUGAACACCCUCCAAACGUACUGAAGGAUCUGUGGCUGCAACAUUCUCCCCAGUUCGUGAUGUAAUGCUUUACUAAUUAAAUGUUUGCUUACUGCAAGUUCGGUAGAAACAGAAUAAAGGACAAGAACAAAUAUGAAAACAACACUUGUGUAAUUUUAGAGUCAAUUAUGUCCAAUUAAAUCUACUGAAUGCAAAUUGAAGAUUAAAACUUUAACACUGGUUUGGAUUAAAAAAUCAUGCAUCCAUGACAGCAGGAAGUUAUAGACCAGGAACUCCUUUAGUGUUCGAUGCCAAAUCAUCACACAAAAGGUUGUCUGAGCAGCAAUGUAAAUAUUUUUGUUGAAAACGUCACCACAAGCACAUCCAGUUUAUAGAAAAAGUACUUUAUUCACUUCAAAUGUAAUACAUGGUGUAUGUUCUUACUGCUUGGAAAUGGACUAUGUUUGCUGUCAUUUUCUGUUCUGUUUUCUGCUGGUUUUGCUGUUAAAAAUGAAUGUUUGCUUUAGGAACCUCCUAAAUGUGCUGUCAGCAAGGCAGCAGCAGGUUAUAUGCAUGCUGAAAUGCAAUACAAAGAACAAAGAGGAGGUGAGGGGGGUUGGUUCUGAUAUAAAUAGGUUUUGGUUUGCAGUGCUCCUCUCCUAACAUUGAAACACAGUCAAGAGACACUGCUUGCUUCCUUUUUUAUCUUUUACCUGUUUCAAAAGAUUUCAAGCAUCUGACUUAAAGCUACAAUGUUCACUUGUUACUACAAGAAGGAGUGUUAUUUUUGAGCUACAUUGUUGGUUUUAUAGGGCUUGUAAUAAUUAUUGAUUCAUUUAAAUUUAUUUUAAUCUCCCUAAAAAUGGAUGCGUUUAUUUGGUGAGGCUAGGUUUUUUUUUGCUGAUAAUUAUUUAUGGCUUGUAGCAUUUUCACUCCUCUCUUGGCAGCUCCUGCUCUUUAUUUCUUUGAAUAAACCUUUAACAAUAAAAGCGCAGUUUUUCAA